CAAGGCCCACCCAUUUCUUUCAAAGAAAACAUGCAGCCCAGGUAACAGGCCCUUCAGUUGCCCACCUGACUGGACUCAAGUCACCUAAAAGUACACAAUGAAGUGGAUAGCACUCCUUUGCUUUUUUGGCAGCCUGAGACCAGGAUGGGCAGUUCCACUGGAAGGCCUUGAAAAACUCACGAUGGAUUUCUUUCCUAACAACAGCAUGCUUUUAGCAGCCACCUUGAGCACCAGCUUCCUUGUUAAUAUUCCUAAGUGUGUCUCCUCCUCAAAAUUCUCACCGGACAAAAUCAGGGUAGCAGUAGCCCAGCUUCCUGAUGCAACCAUCCCAGCAGGUGUGACAGAUACUGAAGAGAUUCAAAAUCUCCGGAAAACACCUCAAGCCACUGUAUAUUUUGCUGGUGAAUUCAAGAGUGUUGCAUGUAGUGUAGCUAGAGAUCUUGUGGUAAUGGAUAUAGAUAAUAGCCAAUAUGAGCUGUUCACAGUUUUAGGCUUCCAGGUGGGAGCAGAAUUUUGCCGUCAGACCAAAGGACCCUUCUGCAAUCAACCUCUUAAGCCAUCCACUUUUUAUAGGGUGAAUUUCUUUCUUUUGGAUGACAAGUCCGAAAUAAAGGGUCAUACAGACUGGUCACCAGCAAUACAGACCAGAAAUGUGACAAAUUAUAAUUCAGCUGAUGUGGCGUUUGCAGGGCGAGCUGGAGGAAUGGUUGUAAUUACCAUUCUGGUCUCUAUUGGUGGAUUGGUUCUGCUGAUUGCCUUAAUCAUAGCAAUCGCUCUCUCAAACAAGAAGUAGCCUCUCAGGCAAGUCAACAGUACCUUCUUCCGGAUCCGCAGCAACUACAUAUAUAAUCGAUUGGUUGCAAAGAAUCAAGAAAAUAUGUCAUUAACAUCUAUUCAUUUCAAGAAAAAUGCUGAAGAAUUAGAAGCAUCCAAUAAAACUGUUUAUCAUUUAUCUCA